AUGGCCACGCUCCACAGCAUUCUCUUCCACAGCAUUCUCUUCACUUCCGUUCUCAUUGGAAUAGCAGCAUUCUUCUAUGAAGUUCAGGGCGCACCGACGGAGACCGCUCUGCGCAUCUUGGACAGCAGUCUGUUAGCAAACAGUACCGAUGUGACCGUGGAAGGUUCAAAUCGAGUGAAGAGACAAGGCGGUGGAGGCUGUGGAUGCGGAUGUGGAUGCUGCGGAUGCGGUGGUGGAGGAGGAGGUGGUUGCGGCUGCCGGCGGUUGCCGGUCGGUGGAGGUGGUUGCGGGUGCUGCUGUUCUGCUGCUGCACUUGUACCACUUGCCGCACUUGUUGUUGUACCAGGUGUUGCACGUGCUGCCGGCCAUGUUGCGGAUGUGGUAAGUGAACUAUGCAUGCCAUAUGAAAAGUGCUCGAAAACUACUGAGCACUCUCUAGGUUGUGGUUGCUGCGGAUGCGGUGGUGGCGGUGGAGGACGUAAACGCCGUUCGCUCGACAACCUCAGAAUUCGACUUGGUGCCAAAAAAUUGGCUGAACUGAAAGGAGAAGAACAUUCCUCUGCUGAGUACCCACGACAGAAACGGGACAUGAGCACGAGAUCUACGGGGAUUACUGAGUGUCUUGACAUGUAG